GAUUCGAAUCAUCCAAAAAAAGAACUGGUUUGUUGCUAUUGCAUACGAUACCAUUCAAUUAGUAUAAAAUCGUUUGGACAUCUUCCUCAGGCAUCAGUUCCACUUCUGACUACAUAGAAAAGUUCAGCGAAGAUGAAAACCGUACUCAUAAUUGCCGCCUUUUUUGCCUUGGCAACAUCGGCUGAGAUCGUAGAAGGACCCAAGGAGAAGUCUGCCAACCUUGGACCAGAUGGUCUUGUCUACAGUGGUGCUUUCGGGGGUUCACUUGGAUCUGGAUAUUACCCAGUCCUCACAAAUGUCCACGUUCCAGUAUUCAGAACAAUCAAUAUAAAUCCCGAUGGAACUCUUGUCAAUGGCCUGUCGAACGUUGUAGUCAGUGGGGUUGCGCCUAUCGCCAAAGGCCUUCAAGGUCCCAGUACAAGAACUGUGAGCAUUGGACCUGAUGGAAACGUGAUCGACAGCUUCAGCGCUGGAGGCUUCGUGUCAGAUGAUGGUUCAGUAGUGGUUGCCCCAUCCCUCCACGCUGCUUAUGGUCAUGCUGUAAAUCAAGUCCAUGGUGUGGUACCUUAUUCUGUGGUCCCUCUAGCCAAGUCUGUGGUGUACACGCCUGGUUUGUACAAUAGCUACGUACCUAUUCCUUAUGGCAAAUCCGUCAUAGCUGGUCCCUCUGGUACAAUCGUGGCUAAAUAGAAUUCAAGCGAUGUAGUGAAAUUUAAGACUGAAAUGAACUUACCUACUUUGAUUGAAUAAAGUAUAGGAAAUGAUAAAUUUUUUUCCUUAUAAUUCUUUCGUAUAUCUCUCGGUCAACAUAAUAGUUUUAGACAGUGCUGGCAUAAAGAAUGAAGCCAUUUGAUAAUAUCUUUAAAAAGACUAGGACAAUGCGAGUAUGAAGUGACAUAACUUGCCUGACGCCUUAUUUGGUUAUUAUUAUAGUACUUUUGGCUCCACUGAAAAUAACCUCAUCCCUUUCAAUUCAAAUCGGACACCUGUAUAUUAUUGAAGAGGUCUUGUUACGAGCAUGUAUUGAUAUCUAGUUAACCUGGACCAGUUCCAUGCA